AUGGCUGGUAGAAGGAAAAACCUGAAUGUAGGUAUAGCACAAUCAAGCCAAUUUAGCCAAAUCUACUUUCCGACAUGGGUUUCUGAUCAAUUGAAGGCAGGAAAGGACAUAGAAAUAGGAGAUGAUGCAACAGAUGAGGAAAAGAAGAUCAUAAAGAAGAUGAUGAUGGUGGCUUUAUGGUGCAUACAAAUGAAGCCUAUUGAACGCCCUUCAAUGAAUAAAGUAGUGGAGAUGCUUGAAGGAGAAAUUGAGAGCCUCCAAAUGCCUCCAAGGCCUUUCUUAUACCCACAACAAAUUCCUGCAGAUUAUGUUGAUCUGGACAAUCGAAGUCCCUGUACAUCAAGUGCUUCAGAAUCUGAAGAGAUUACUUUGAUUGCCGAUGCAAAUGAAGUGAAUCAAUAUUAG